AUGCACCCCGAGCGCCUGCUGCGAUACAGAACACCAUCAUACCGUUCGUCGUCGUUGCGAGCUCGCAAGGGGCAACCCGGUAUCAUGGAGAGCCGGGCAAGCCGGCCGCCCGGGCAUGACGUUCCUGCCGUCAUGGACAAACCCUCGGAAGUGCCACACUGCGGCCUGUCGCCCGAGCGGCGCCCCUUUCCCUCCGGUUCAUCGCCCUGA